AAUUCCUAUAAUGCCAGUUAAAAAAGUUAACCUCGAAGUACACUCGCCGAUUACCAAGCUCCCACCCGAACUCUUUGCCGAAUUUUGCGCUUAUUUAUCGCCAAAUGAUUUAUUCAUACUUUCUAAAGUAUGUCGUAAAUUCUAUAGUUACUUAAGUGCACCUAAUUCCUUUACUACCCAGCAAAUAUGGAAGAUAUCUCGAUUAAAAUUUAUGACAUGUGAUUGGAUGCCUCCACCAAAUGGAAUGAGUGAAAAAUGUUAUGUUGAAUUAUUAAUAACGGAACGAGGUUGUCAAAUUUGUAAAAUUAAAAAGCAAUGCAAGAUUUAUUGGGAAUUUGGAGUUAGGUGUUGUUCAGGAUGUUUCAUUAAGAAAACCGUGAUGAUUGAGGCAUAUACAGCAUGGUUUAAGAGCAUCCUGAAUUAUCCACUAGAACUAAUUAAAAUUAUGCCAUUUAUUAAUGAAUAUG